ACCAGCGCUAAGUUUAGCCCCGCGACCAAUUUGCAUAAAAACAUUUGUUUGCUGCCCCAAGCACACACCGUACGAUUUAUUCCGAUUCCAACAGUCUGCAGGUGCUAGCUUUCGACCUGGGAACUAAGACGCCGUCUCCAGUAUACACUUUGCUGCUGGUGCAUAUACAAAUCGAAUUCUGAUAACAACAACAAGAGCUUGGGAAGCCUAUUGAGCACACUUCGAGUGUUUUGUUAUUUGCCGCAAAAGUCGUUCCUCUGCCAAUACGAAUGCGAAUCGAAAGUAAAAGCGAAAGGCCAUAAACGGUAAAUUAUGUAAAAGUAUUGGGCCAACAACAAGUCGUUCAUAGGUGCGCGUGUGUGUGAGUGCGCUUAUCAGAAAAGUUUAAUGGAGGCUGCGCCGGUAAUGCGUUCUCAGCCUCCAUUUCUCCUUCCACAUCUUCAGCAGCAAAAACAACAACAGCAAAGCGCGGCAAACAACAAAGUAACGGUAAAUAGUCGCCCUUUGUUGAGCGGCAUAUAAAAAGCCCAAGUCGACGCGCACAUUGGACACAAUUUUUUGCAUUGCUAGUUCAGUGGGACACCGCACACACUGGUCCACAUCGCAGCAUAUUUAGCUACAUACACAUAUUGCCCUCACCUUGCACCCGUCACCUCAUCUCGUCGUCGUUUGGCCCUGCGCCAAAAAAUUAACCCCAUCACGGCGACCACGCGGCGCUUAAGUCGAGGGCGUUAACGGAUGCAAUUCCCUUGGAUCAGUCGCGAAAUAAUGUUGACAGCCGCAAACUGCAGCCGCUACAAUAAUGAAGAGGACAAAAUAAACAAAUAAAUGCUCAAUGACUGACAUUUGCGUUGUAAGCAAAAAUCUAACGAGCCAGCGGACUACUAUGGUUUAAUGCGACAUAACAACAGCAGAGUCGAUCUAUUUGCCACUUGGCUGAAGACGGGAAACCCAGAAAGCCAUCAGACUGGAGGCCUCACUCACUCUGAAGCGCAUCUUUGCCCGCAAAAUUGGCUACAAGGCAAAGUCAAAGUCAAUUUUAGCGGCCAUGCGCACGAAACACUUGAUCCUGCUUAUGAUCGGAGUGAUAAUCGCCACUAUCGUCUUCAUCGCAUUCGGACCAGCCGGCGAGCCGAACGAUUCAUUUAAGAACAUCGUCGUCCAGACCCACCAGCAGUUCAAAGAGUUUCAGGAAAACCUGCGCGUUGGCUUGGAACAUAAGAAGUUUGAAAUAGACCCAAAGUAUCUGCUACUCCUGGGAUUCACACCAUCCAAGGAUGCCUCGUCCCAACAGCAGCAGCAGCUUGAGCUGGAGCAGAAUGCGCCGAGUCACCACCAGCUGCCCGAGACAGAUCUACCGGCUCCAGCCACCAAAGCGGAGCAGGAGCUCAGCGACCUCCGAGGUCUGCAGAAUGCUGUCACCUUCGGUGGCCGCCGAGCAGGAGGAUCACGUGAGCAGCGGGGUCAGCGCAAGCGAAUCACUACGCCCUACAACGGCACCAAGAGCAACUUCACCAUCGUCACCUACGUGCUGGAGGGGCAGACGGCAUCGGCCAUCCUUUUGGCCCAGAACAUUGCCGCAAAGCUACCCAGCGAGUACCUGCUCAUCUACGAUUUGGGCGUGUCCGAGCAACAGCUGCGUGACCUGGGGCUCUACUGCAACAACAGUCGGUGCUCGGUGAUCACCUACGACCUGACGGAGUUCCCCUCCUUCGUCGGCGAUCAAAGAACGCACGCCUACCGGCCCAUCGUGAUAAAGGAUGGCCUUAUGAGGGCCAAGUCGGUGCUGUUCCUGGAGAAUCAUAUGAGGGUGCGGGGUGGCUCCGCUCAGCUGCAUAAACUUCAGAGCCGCCUCAUGGCCGAUGGAUCAAUUGGAGUUCUUGGAUGGAACCUACCAACGGCCGUGUCCUCGCUGACACAUCCCAAGAUGUUCGACUAUUUCGAGUCGAAUGCCGAGAACUUUAUCUUCCUGCGGAUGACCGAACUGGAUGCGGUCUUCUUCUCAGACUCGCCCGACGUCAACGAGAAGAUCAUGUUGCCCUGGCUGAAGUGCUGCCUCACCCUUGAGUGCAUCGAUCCAAUCGGUGCCCAAUCUAAUGGCUGCAAAUUCAACAAGAAGCCAUUGUACCGGUACUCCGGCUGCCAUGGCUACGAUGCGUCUGCCUUUAACAUCGUCCUGGGCCUCACCUCGCACUUUGACAUAACGAAGUACUCGAUUCCCUUCGACAAUCCCCGGAACAUGUUCUACAAGGAGACUCUGGAGCAGGCCACCCGAAUACUGGAGAGUAGGCGGCGCAAUAGCAGCGAAACAUCCGACCAUCCCUUUACGGACGACUGAAGAUGAGGACGAGGAGCAGUACCUGGGAUUGUAACUUGACGUGGGGACUAGCCAAAGCAUUUGAUACAAAGUUUUCUACAGACACACACUAGACACACCAGACACACUCAGGUGCCGGCGGAACAAAGUCAAGAUUAGUGGCGCCAUCGCCGAGAACUCGGAAACAAAAGUCCUUAAUAUAGUUUAGCCAACAUGCGGACGCGCAAGCGAUCGACAGACGCUUUGCAGUGUCCUAGACAGAGCACAGUAAAUUAUCGUAGUGUAGGUAUAGGACGUGCAACUUAUCAAUACAUUUAACAAUUUAGUCAAGCCCUAGUUUUACUUAACGAGAUCUGCAUGAAUAACCCUGUGCGACUGUUGCCGAGUGUUUGCUUCGCAAGCAUUGAUAAUUGUAAUUUCCUUUGUUUAGUUAACCGACUGCCCUGACCCCUAAAACACACUGUACAUACAUACAUACAGAAGAAGGAAAAUCAAAUGGCAUACAUUUUGUGAUUGUAUUUUAUAGUUACUCCACGUAGACACUCACGUAUACAGUAUAUGAAUAUAUAAAUUUAAUGUAAACUGUCCUAGAACAAUAUGAGCCAAAAAAGUAAGUUAAUAAAAUCCUGAAUUACCUAUACCAA